AUGUCGGCGGCUUUCGAUGUCUUUGGGGUGCUUGGUAGCUGCAUGGGAUGCAUGGUUGCCGUUGAAGGAAUAGCGAAAGAAGAUCCAAGUGCUAUGAAUUUGAUGACGUUUGCGACUUUUGUGACAAUUUCUUUGGUUGGACUUGUUACAACAAAGAAAUUUUUCACAGUUCCCAACAAAAUACCAUUUCGUGGUUAUCUCUGGGUUAUCACCAUAUUUUUCACCGUGAACGUCAUCAACAAUCAAGCCCUAAAUUUCCACAUUCCUGUACCACUGCAUAUAAUUUUUCGUUCGGGGUCACUACUUGCAAGCUUGUUACUUGAAGUCGCAUGGCGAGGAAGACGUUAUGGAACAAGAAAAUAUCUAUCGGUGUUCGCCAUCACUAUUGGGAUCAUUAUUUGCACGCUUGCCACAAGCUCGAGUGAUCCAAGUGGUUUAUCUUAUGAGGAGGCAUCGCAACAUUAUCGUGAAUGGACGAUAGGAAUUUCUAUGCUCGUUUUUGCUCUUUUCGCGUCGGCCUUCUUAGCCAUUAAGCAACAAGAAAUGUAUCAGACCUAUGGAAAACAUCCGGAUGAAGCAAUGUUCGUCACGCAUUUCUAUUCGUUGCCUUUCUUCGCGUUUAUGUGGAGUGAUAUUCAAAGAUCUAUUACGGCUUUUAAUGCGAGUGCUCCUUUUUCAUUUGGCGAUUUCUCGCUGAAUAUCCCAAAAUUCUGGGUGCUACUUGGGAUAGCUUGUAUUUUACAAUAUCUGUGUAUUCGUUUCGUGUAUAAUUUGAACGCUACCGUGGAAGCACUCACUGUGACACUUGUUGUAACUUUGCGAAAGUUUCUUUCACUCAUCGUCUCGAUUGUACUAUACGAGAAUCCGUUCACACCAAUGCAUUGGUUUGGUGCUGCUCUCGUUUUCGGAGGAACUGCCUGUUUUGAUGAUGCAUUCUUCAAGAAGGAGGAAAAGAAAAAGAAACAA